AUGAUCGUGCGCGUUAGUGUCCUGCCGGGGGUCUUCACAGUAUCACCUCGCGAUGUGUCUUAGUGUGACUGUGAUUACGUUACUAUUAUUUAUAAAAACAAAAGCCGACAGCGUAGAACAUGGCGACCACUUCAACACAGCGUACGCGCCGCCAACCGUCAACUUCAACGAAAUCUUCACCAACAGCCUCUCCCUUCUAUCCGAAGAACCAACUUUGACUACUGGAACAAAGGAUGAGGACUUCCAUCUCAACAACAUACCGUCUCAAUUCGUCGAAUUUCGUCCUCAAAAAGUAGAAGUCACUACGACCCCAACGCCCCCUCCACCAAUGUAUCUCCUGAAUUCUUCGUAUUUGAAAAAGGAAAACGAAACAGAAGAACAUCGCAAUACGACGUCAACGACUGCUGCUGCUCCGAUCGUGUUGUCAACUGAAGCACCACAAGAGAACUCUGUGAAAGUGAUACCCAUAAAGAAGAACUACCAAAGAGGUGUCCUAGAUUUGCUGUUCCCAGCGUCUAGGGUGCGCGCAUUCAAAGGAGUUUUUGAUACUUUUCGACGAAUACUGUCGCAUACUUUUCGCAGACGAUAAUGUAUUUACUAUUAAUACUGUGUUUUAUUACGAGUUGAAAUUGGAUAAUAUGAGUAUUAAUGGAAGAACAUGGUUCAUGUUCCUAUGAUAUUUGAGAUUUUAUAAAGAAAAUUUGUGUCCGUUUAGGGUUUCAUGGAAUUUUUGUGUCUACUUUUUGCUAGAAUCGUAAAGACGUGUAUGUUUAUUGUAACUUAGGAAAAGAUGAUGAUACUUAGUUACUUUUAUUCCUCAACUCUUUCCAAUGUUUAGUCAAUUGAUUGAUAACUCUUAUCAAAUUGAAGUUCCUUUUUUCUAAAAAAAACUAUGCUUGUUAAUACUUGUUUUUCAAUUUACAAUUUGCCAUAUUUUUUUGCUAAUUUCACUGCUCUCAUGCAAGUUGCUCAAUGCCAUCAUUAUUUUAAACACGUGUGUUUAGUUUU